AUGAGCUUAUGUGAGGAUGCCAACGUGUGCCAGUUUGUCGAACUUGCCGACCGACUCUUAUAUCAGGCCUUAUUGGAUGUAAUCAUCAAUGACAGUUUGAAAUCAAUGCCAUCCAAUCUGAUUCACGGUGUACGAGUUCUGAUGAAGCUGAUGGAACCAUGUCUUCGUUCGGCUAUUCGUCAAUUCAAUCCGAAUUUGAUCAAUAUCAAGCUGACUGCGGUCAGUGGAUUCACCAAGGGAUUACGACGUGCUCUCGGUUUGACCCAUUUAAGUCAGGCGGUGGUGAACGUGAUCCAAGAUCCGGAACGAUUACGUCAAAUGUUGAACGAUAUCACCAAAGUGGACUUGGACAGUAUUGAGGCUCAAGGUUCAUGGGCCAGUGACUGCCCGCCUCGUUUGCUGAAUCUGGCUCCGGCACACGAGAAUAAACUGUCGAAUAAAUCAAUUCCUGCUGGACUAUUUGAUUCCGGUGAGGACGCAGAAAUGUUAAAUCGAGGCAAUGCGAGUCUAACGGCAACGGUUGAUUUCGAGUCUCUGCUGACCAGUUGUUCAUCUGGCCACACAUGGUCAACCCCAAUCACAUCCACGCCCAGUCACUCCGGUAGAGCAUCGUCCAUGAACACGCUUCCCUCUGUGGAGCAAUGGUCAUCUCGAAUUGGCAUCAAAGAAUUGCACAAGGAGUUGUGUAAUUUGUUGUCCAAUCGAGGCAAUCUAUCUGACUGGACUGCAUGGCUUGAUCGAAUUGUUUCACGCAGUCUGUCCGGACGCGUGUCCGGGCCGAAACGGGCCAAUGCAGCACGCCAAUUAAUGCUAGUAUGGACGUAUUAUAGUUCUUUGCUGAUGCGUGAACUCACUCUACGGUCUGCAGUCAGUUUUAGCAGUUGCCAUCUGUUACGAAUGCUUUGCGAUGAAUAUCUGUCAUAUCGAUUGGAACAAGUUGCUUCCAGUCCGCUCACCUUGUUACCCAAAUUGUACGAACCGGUCAAUCUGUGCACAACCACAGCCGAUUCUCAACCGGUUUUCCCGAGCAUGGGAUCUACACAUGCACCAGAGGAUCGACUGAUAGCGGAUAUCAGACCGGAGCUUGACAGUCCGGUCCCGUCGGCUGGAAUGGAUCUCGGUCCACAUUCCCAAGUGUUAAUGGUGCCCAAUCUCAUCGAGGGUGCAGACACGUUGACCUCAUUAAAUGAUACUUGCAUAGAUUAUAUUGAUUCGCAAAUAUUAUCUUCUGGUUACGGAGAUGGUUCACUGUUGACGACAUCCCCGAUAUCACGCGGACAACCAACAUCUGAGGGCUAUUUCACAUUAAAAUCACCGGAUCUCGGACCGGCACGAUUUCUUGGCUCGGAUAUUAGCGAACUGGAUCGAACAAGUAAUUACGUAAGUGAUUUAAUUUGA